CUCAAUGGCUCCAAUUCAGGACGAACUCUUCCAGAACGUUCAGCGGCUGUGGCAGUUGGAUACGGUUCCGCAGUGGGAGGGCAAAGAGGUAACCCGGUCCAAGCAAGAUCAAGAUGCUUUUCAGCUUCUGGAAAUGAAUACUCUCACUCUGGAAAUGGAAGGAAUCAAUCGGUUGGCUACGCCCUUACUGCGGCGUAAGGAUAUGCCUUUGUUGAAUGCACCUAAGGAGUCUGUCUUACCUACUCUUCGCAGUGUUGAGAGGCGUCUGCGGAAAGACCCUAAAAAGGCUGAGGUCUAUAAAGAGGAAAUGAGGAAACUCCUUGAGACUGGAGCUGUUCGGGAAGUGGUUGAGUCUAUACCCGAAUCACCUGAAUGCUGGUACAUCCCUCACCACAUUGUUAGUCACAACGGAAAGUUCCGCAUUGUGUUUAACUGCUCCCAUCAGUACCAAGGACAAAGCCUCAAUCAGUACCUGUUGCCAGGGCCCACCCUCGGUGCCUCUCUGUUGGGUGUCCUUAUCCGUUUCAGAGAACAUCCUGUGGCUGUGAGUGGAGAUAUCAAAGCGAUGUUCCACCAGGUUCGUCUUCUCCCUGAGGACCGUCCUUUACUCCGUUUCCUUUGGCGGGACCUGAAGAUGGAUGAGGCACCCAAGAUUCUUGAGUGGCAGGUAUUACCUUUUGGCACAACCUCCAGUCCAUGUUGUGCUACCUACGCACUACAACGCCAUGUGCGGCAACACCCCCUGACGGAUGAGGCGAUUCGGUAUUCGGUGGAGAGAUGUUUUUAUGUUGAUAACUGCCUGCAGAGCCUGCCUACUGCUGAUGCAGCUCGAAGCUUGAUUGAUCAACUACGAAACAUCCUCUCUGGAGCUGGAUUUGAAAUUCGCCAGUGGGCCUCCAAUGAUCCUGGUGUGCUAAGUCACCUACCGUCCAACGCCCGAGCUGUGAGUGUAGAACUGCGGUUAACGCAGGAGAAGUCAGACAUCCCUGAGUCAACGCUGGGUCUGAGCUGGAACUGGCAGACGGACACCUUGUCCUACAAACACCGACCUGUAGUAUACGAGACUCCAACUUUGAGGAACAUAUAUAAGGUCCUAGCUACCCAGUAUGACCCUCUGGGAUGGCUUCUGCCUUUCACAACUCGAGCUAAAGUCAUCAUUAAACAACUGUGGAACAAACAGAGAGGGUGGGACGACCCCAACCUUACCACCUGAGCUCCUCCAGUCUUGGAAUGCAUGGGAGGAGGAACUCCAAUACCUUCCUUGUAUCACCUUUCCCCGGCCUUAUGUUCCUGCUGAAGUUGGAAUGGAUGGAGCUACUCAUGAAGUGCAUAUCUUCUCGGAUGCCUCUGAGCAGGCAUAUGGAGCGGUGGCUUACCUCCGGACUACCGACCAGGAAGGUCAGACCUACCUGUCCUUUAUUCUGGCACGCUCCCGUGUCACUCCUAAACGAGCUCACUCCAUUCCGAGGCUGGAACUCUGCGGAAGUCUAGUUGCAGCACAGUUGGCUAAGUUACUUGAGAACGAGUUGACCCUAUGCAUCAAGUCCAUUUCCCUAUGGACAGACUCUACCACAGUUCUCCAAUGGUUGAAUUCGGAGUCUUGUAGAUACAGAGUCUUUGUGGGAAAUAGAAUUUCUGAGAUCCAGGAGCUGACGGAAAAAUGUUCUUGGCGUUAUGUAAGCUCCACGGACAACCCUGCUGACGAUCUCACGAAAGGGAAACCUCUCCAAUAUCUUGCUGCACCAAACCGUUGGUCUCAAGGACCCUCCUUCCUCCUCCAGGAUUCCAAAGAAUGGCCAGUAAUCCCUAAAACUGAGGCCAUGGAAGACAAGGCCGAACUGCGGAAAUCUGCCUUCUGUGGGACCAAUACUUUAUCUCCUUCGUCUGGUCACCCUGAUGGAUGGAACUACAGCACCUGGCAGGAGCUAUUGGAAUGUUACUGCCCUGGAGCUUCGAGCUGGCCUUGCUCCAGGGACUUCUCCAGAGGCUGAGGAUUACUGCCAGGCUGAGGUUCAUAUCCUCAAACGUGUGCAGCAAGAAUCCUUUCCUGAGGAUUACAAGCUGUUACAAAUGGGAAAGUCGGUCAGGUCCAGAAGUCGACUGGUUACCCUAGCCCCUGAAAUGGAUCUGUCCAGUGGUCUGAUCAGGGUAGGAGGUCGUUUGAGGAGAGUUGCAGGCAUUGAGGAACUCCGUUUUACAUCCUGUGGUCCUAGAUCCUAAUCAUCCAGUCACCCGUUUGAUCAUUCACCAUUAUGACCAUCAGUUACAUCAUUCUGGAUCGGAACGGCUGUUCGCGGAAAUACGGAGAUACUACUGGGUUCUGCGUGGCCGCGAAGCUGUCCGGCGGUUUCAACAUGAUUGUCCAGAAUGUCAACGGUGGAGGGCCCAGCCGACAAUCCCUAAGAUGGCGGAUCUACCCUCUGCGUGCCUUCGGCUCCACAAACCUGCCUUCCAUUCUUGUGGAGUGGACUGCUUUGGCCCCCUGUUGGUCAAAAUUGGAAGACGGACAGAGAAGCGAUGGGGUAUUCUCUUUAAAUGUCUGACCACCAGAGCAGUCCAUUUAGACCUACUCCCUAGCAUGAGUACAGACUCAUUCCUCAUGGCUCUUAGAAGGUUUGUGGCGAGAAGAGGGACACCAGCUGAGUUAUGGUCGGAUCGAGGUACGAACUUCCGCGGAGGUGAAAGGGAGUUACUGGGAAGUUUAUGCCGCACUGGUUCCUAACCUACAGCGUCAGCUUGCCCGCCAGAGGAUCCACUUCCACUUUAAUCCCCCAUCGGCCCCUCACUUUGCUGGAGUUUGGGAGAGGGAGGUUAGAUCCGUUAAAUCGGCCUUGUACACAGUUUUGGGUUCACAGUCAGUUCCUGAGGAAGUCUUAAUGACAGUCUUGCUGGAAGUGGAAGCCAUCCUGAACUCAAAACCCUUGGGGUAUGUUUCGUCAGACGUGGCUGAUGCUGACCCGGUAACGCCAAAUAGUCUCCUGAUGGGGCGGCCCGAUGGAUCUCUACCUCAGGUAGUUUAUCCAGAAUCAGAGAUAUUGAGUCGUCGGCUCUGGAGGCAUUCUCAGGUCCUAGCUGACCGAUUCUGGACCAGGUUCAUAAGGGACUAUCUUCCUGGCCUCCAAACGCGGCAGAAAUGGCAAGCUUCUCCUCCUGACUUGAAGGAGAAAACAUUUGUUUUAAUUGUAGACCCCCAACUACCGCGGGGCUUAUGGCCUGUAGGACAAGUAGUCAAGACCCACCUAAGCCCAGAUGGUCAUAUCAGGUCAGCUGAUGUGGAGAUAAAGGGCCAAGUUUAUACCAGACCGGUAGCCCGCCUGGUCAUCCUGCCGGCCUUACCAAAGGAUGGACUUAACGCCCCCAACCCUGAUUAGUUGAGUCGCCUUUACAGGAAGCAAAGAUGCACCGCAUCUUUGGGGGCGGCUGUAUUAAAGGCUCCUACAAGAGAGACUUUUAUUAUGAAACAAAUCCAUAUCAUUCCAGUAGAGGGCAGCGUAGUUAGUUGAUCGGCUGCUAUUUGUUGUGUUUGGGUGUUCAGUGUGAGCUGUUAGCUGAAAGAACGGCUAAUUCCAGUUAAUUUCGGGGAAAUUGCUGCAGAUGUAACCGUUGGGUGUUUGUCAUUGACCACAAAACUAUAUACAUCUUUGACUGUACAUCUGUGGCCCUACCUUUCUCUACCAAUACAAAAGUAUAACCUGA